GGGUCGGCGGCCCAGCAUGUGCCGAUCGCCCAUCAUCUUCUGCAAACAUGUUGAGGGACAUCCCAGUCAGAUGUACGAAAUGGGAGAGCAGAUCGGUUCCGGCACCUUCGGAACGGUGUGGAGAGCAAAGCACUCUCAGACUGGCCAACUUCAUGCGGUAAAGAGCUGCCCCAAAAAGCUCAUCCCCAGCGACGAGUUGUGGGCCGAGAUCGAGAUCAUGAAACAGCUGGAUCACCCUCACAUCAUGCGGCUGUACUACACCUUUGAGGAUGACCUGUGCAUCUUCAUUGCUUCGGAGCUCUGCGAGGGCGGCGAGCUCUUCAAUGCCAUGAUUGAGGCUGGUACCUUCAACGAACACACUGCUGCCUUGCUCUUCAAGCAGAUCAUGAGUGCUGUUUCCUACAUCCACAUGAACAUGAUUUGUCAUCGAGACUUGAAGCCCGAAAACUUCCUCAUCUCCAAGAAAUGUGCGAUUCAGGAUGGGAAGGUGAAACUCAUCGACUUUGGAACUGCGAAGCGCUUCGAUCUGGGCCCCUUGACCACCAAGGUUUGCACGGUCCACUACGUGGCACCGGAGGUGUUGAAGAAGAGGAUGGAGCCUUACACAGAGAAAGUGGACGUGUGGUCUGCUGGCGUCGUACUCUUUGUCAUGUUGGCUGGUGUUCCACCCUUCCAUGACGAUGAUGACUUGGAACUCAUGAAGAGGGUGAAGAAAGGGAAGUGGUCCUUCACGCCAGAAACAGCUUGGAACAAAGUCUCUGCACUGGGCAAAGAGCUGGUGAGCCAGAUGUUGACCAAAGAGGUGGACCUGCGACCGCAUUCCGCCGAGGUCCUUGCCUCGCCUUGGUUCCGGCAGGAGGUGAUCCCUGCGCACACCAAAGUCGACGAACACAACCUAGCACAGAUGCGCACCUUUGUAGCCCAGAGUCGCUUGAAAAAGGUGGCCUUGCAGGUCAUUGCGCGGCAGAUCUCGGACGACACCAUCGAGAAGCUGCGACAGAUCUUCUUGUCGUUGGACGAUGACAACUCGGGGACCCUGUCCGUGGAAGAGAUCGACGAGGCCUUGGAGCGGCUGGAAGUAGAGGAACCCAUUCGGGUGGAGAUGCGGCGAUUGAUGCACGAGAUUGAUGUGGAUGGCAGUGGGACCGUAAAUUAUACAGAGUUUAUUGCAGCCAAUAUCUCGAAGAAACAGUACCUCCAGGAGCAGGUGUGCUCGCUCCUCAGUUCUGAAUUGUUUAUGCACUGCAACUGGUGGAUCCGAUCCGAUCUGCAAAAUUUGGUCCGCAGCACCUUUUUGGGCCGAAAAGGAUCAGUGCCCGAAGCGCGAGCGCGAAACUGUGCCAUGAAAGUCUUGGUGAGUUCCAUGUCAUGGUCUGGAGAAGUGGAAUUGGAGGACCUUCACCAAAAAGUCAUGCUCAUUUCGUCGUAG